AUGGAUCAGGAAGAGGGGUGGACCACCGUGGACAAUAUAGUCACUCAGUUCAACACCUAUGAAGAUUUCCUGGAUUCGCAGAUUACUACACUGGACUUGUACUACCUGGAGGAUGAAGGUCUGGCCCGCCAGUUGGUGGAGCUAGGCUACCGCGGGACUGGAGAGGUGGUGAAAAGGGAAGAUUUUGAAGCAAGGAAGGCAGCUAUAGAGAUUGCAAGGUUGGCUGAAAGAACUCAGAAAAAGACAUUAACAAGUGCUGGUAAAGACCUGCAUGAUAAUUUUCUGAAGGCUCUGGCAGUGAGAGAAGAAGACAAUCGCAAUGGAAUAGUGAGCUUAAAUCAACAGGAGGCUGAUGCUGCUCAUACCUUGAAGAAGCAACUGGCAGAAAGUAGUGCUCGUGGAAAAUCCGUGAUCUUUAUUCGUGACAGAAAUUCUCAUGGGCAGGAGGUGUCAGGAUACAUUGACUAUGCUCACAGGCUAAAGACUGAAGAUUUUGAAGUCUACUUUAGUGGAAAAAAAAGACUUCUUCCAAGACCCACAGAUAUGAGUUUUUACAACUGGGACAGUCAUGUUGCUGUUUGGAAUUCAACUCCCAACUACCAAGUGAUUGCUGAUAAUCCAGAAGGCUUACUUUUCAAAUACAAAAGAGACAGAAAAAUUCUCAACGUGGACCCUAAGGCUCAACCAGGUGACAACUCUACUAGAACCCCUAUCCAGACAGAGCUCUACAUACAAGCUGUCAUUUUUGACCACGUUUCCAGAAGAAAGACUUAACUACCAACAUGUUAGAUGGUUUCCUAAUGGUUUGCUAAGUUUAAAUGACUCCUAUAACCAGAAGCAAAUUAGAAUAAUAAAUGAGUCCUGUAGCUAUAAGGCAAAUCAGAAUAAUAAAAGUUGAUAAAGAAAUUAGAAAGAAAAUCAUGAUCUUGAUUAUCUGUUUUGUGGUACAAAUAACUUCUUAAUCUGAUUUGAGGUUUUUCUAAAUUUUUUUCCCCCUAAACACUGAAGCUGAUUGCAGUAGUUCAUGGGAGAAAAUCUUAUGGCUAUUUCAAAGAUAUAGUAAUUAGUGACUUCUUUUGUACCUCAGAUUUUCCACGUGUUUCCAAAUGUUCCAAAAAUGUUCUGGGUCCUACUAUUGCCAAAUAUAGCAGGCCAAGCCUUAUACCACAUGGCAGUGCUAGCUCCCGAAAUCACUGGAAGACAGGCAUAAGGAAAUAUAAAUACAAGGUUUUUAGUAGCACUACAUGAGUAAAUAUAAUCUGAAAUAUCCCAUGAGAUGAUGUAUAAAAUGAUUGAAGUGUUUGAUAUGUUUAUGUGCCUGGACAAUAUGAACCCCAUGACAAUAAAGCUGAGAAAAUGAAAUCUAAAGGAAACCAAAAGAUUUUAGAGAAAUGACGACCUCAGAAGAGUGAAGAACAUGUUUUCCUAAUAUAACCCUGCAGGUGACUUUUGUGCAGAAAAGAUGUUCAGAGGCCAUUUGUGAUUUAAGAUUCAUAUUUGGCUCUUCCUCUUCUCCUUCCCAUUGUCUUUCUUCCCUUUCUAAACAAUCCAGUUCUAAAGCAAUUAGGUGGAGCCAAGCAAGGUAGAAGUCUGCUCAGUGUGGGUAUGGGGGUGGGAAAUCCCGGAGCAGGAAUUCCCCAGUUGCAAUGGGGUGACAAGGCUGUAUUCAUGGUGGAGGUGAUGGUCUGGCACGAGGUGUCAGAUCUCAGUCUAGGUGAGUAGCGUGGUGUUAAAUUAGAAUUGGAUAUAUUGGUGUGAUCUCAUCAUUUUCAAUAUAUACAACAGGUACAGAAUAUAUGUUAAUGUGUGUAUGUCUGCAUAUUCCAAUGCUCCAUCCACUGAGAGGGCCUUGGAGCAGCAGCACCCAAUAUCAGUGAGCACAGCACACCUAGCACCCAGAUCUUAGUUUCUCAACACCAUUUUCUGCCAAAGGGAAGAAGGGAUCCUUAGAGAAAUGACUGAUUCCAGGGCUGAGGCAGGGAAAAUAAAAGAGUCUGGAAUCUCUGUGCCAGAAAGCAAAGCAGUUCUGGAAAAAUGAAGGGGACUUAUCAAAAGGACACAGAAUCCACCUUGAAAGUGUUCCCACUGGCCAAAUCUGGGACAGUUUGAGCAUCAAAAUAAAUAGUGAUAACAACAGGCAUAAAAUAGGAAACCAUGAGUCUAUACUGAUCUAUGUAAAUGAGUAAUUGAUGAGGAAUGGGAUAUUUAGAUAGUAUCUCACAUAAAAUACUUAUUAAUUAGAGAGGGAAAAAUGGAAAAGCCUGAAAGACACCACUUUCAUAAGUGAUCAAAGAGAAUAUGAUAAGUAAUGAGAUGAACUGAAUUUGUUCCCCACUGAAGAAGAUGCAACAGAGGAACUCAGCAUCCCUUUCGUAAUAAUCCUGCCAAAGUUGCAUAACCUGAAUCUAAUCAAGAGAAAACACAGACAAACCCAAAUCCAAGGACAUUAAACAAAAUAACCGGCUUGACGUCUUCAAAAGUGUCAAGAUCAUCAAAGUAGAAGACUGAGAAAUUGUCCCAGAUUGAGUGAGACUAGAGAGACAUGAUAAUCAAAUGCAACACAAGACUCUGAGUUUCAUUCGUACCGUAUAAAGGGAAUUUGGGGACAACUGGUGAAAAUUGAAUGAUUUCUGAAGAUUAGAUGGUAGUAAUAUAAAAAUGUUUAUGUCCUGAUUUUGAUGAUUAUGUUGUGGUUAUAUUAGAAAAUGUCCUUGAUCGUAGGAAAUUACACUAAAGCAUUUGGGAGUCAAAGGGCAUCAUGUCAGCAAAUUAUUUAUAAAAUUUU